AUGGAAACAGUAGUUGAUAUUGUGGGGAAUGCGGAAGCUAAAGUUGAAGAUAGUGUUGCUGCAAGAAAUAAGCCCACGCUAACCUCCCUGCAAAAGAUUGCUGAUCCUGUUGUAUACCAGCUUGUUCGGGUUGAUCGAAAUGGGAGAUUAGUGCCUGCGACUGAGGAUGAGGUUAUGGCAGUAGAGGACUUGCUCGAAGAUGACAAGAGCGAAAAUGGAUUUGUUUCAGACUCUGUACAAACUGUGGAAUGCAAUACAAAUUUCAAACAUGAUCUGGAUGGACUUCAAUUCCAAGCAUCAUCAGGUUUACCACGUGAUAAUGUAAAACUUGAUGCUGAAGCGCCGAAUGCGUCACCUAUCCCUGUAGCUGAUUUUGAGAAAGUAAAUGUUCAACCUAAGCAAAGCGUUUCUCUGUUGACUCCAACUGCAGAAUAUGUCGGUAUUUUCCAACUUGAGGGAUCCCCAAAACCUUCCAAUGGAUUGGUCGAGAAUGAAACCGCCACUUCUGCCAUUGGUACUAGUUCAAAGCCUGAUUUUUCUGUGUUGAAAGGUGAGAUACACCUGGAUAAUCUUACGGUAAAAGAACUUCAGGAGACUUUCAAAGCAACUUUUGGAAGAGAAACUUCUGUCAAGGACAAGCAAUGGCUCAAGAGGAGGAUAUUAAUGGGAUUGACCAAUUCCUGUGAUUUCUCAACCACAACUUUGGUCAUCAAAGACAACGGAGUGGUAAAGAAAGAUAAAGAAGAAAUCUAUAAUAGUGUGGAACAUAAUAUUUUGUUGGACCCUGAAGUUGGAUCUAUGAGCGUGAACCAUGAAAGUUCACCAACAUUCCAUGACAACCAAAAGGAAAGCCACUCAAAUGCUACUGGCAUGGAAUUGCAGGGUUAUCCAACGGUGGAUAAUUAUGGAAGUGAAGAUACUAACACAGAACAAAGAGCUACAAAAAGAGUCCGAAAGCCUACCAAACGAUAUAUUGAAGAACUUUCAGAAGGAGAAUCAAGGGAUUCUUGUGCAAAGUUAAUCUCCUCAGUUGGACAUCGUGCGUAUAGUCAGCCAUCCACAGACAUCCAUGUAACGCCUGUUCAAAAAGUUGGAUUAGAUGGAAGAUGGCUCAUAAGACGAGACUCGCUUGGAGGUUCUGGAGUUCAGGUUCCAUAUGUUUCACGGGUUCGGCGGAGCCGUCCAAGGGAAAACUUUAUGACUCUCAUGCCUGUUACUUCAUCCGAUAAGCUGUACACCGAAAGGAAAGUUGAGCUUGAGGAGCUUAAAAACUUGGAUUCGAAUGAGAAUUCAGAUGAAGACUCGGUGACUAUGCCUGCAGCAAAUGGAAGAAUGAGGAGGAAACAUCAUCGACCUUGGACUCUAAGUGAGGUUGUUAAGCUGGUUGAAGGGGUUGCCAAAUAUGGUGCUGGUAGAUGGUCUGAGAUUAAACGCCUUGCCUUUGCAUCGUAUUCUUAUCGAACUUCUGUUGACCUCAAGGACAAGUGGAGGAAUCUGCUGAGAGCUAGUUUUGCACAGUUGCCAGCUGAAAAGGGGAUGCAGAAUUCUCGUAAACAUACUUCAAUUCCAAUCCCUGCUCCAAUUCUGUUACGAGUAAGAGAACUGGCUGAAGUGCAAGCACAGGUUCCUCCGAGCUUCAGCGCAAGCAGGUUUGCUGGACACACUGAAUAUCACCUGGGUCAGCUCAAGGCAAAGAUAGCAAAGUUGAGGACACAAUUAUUGGAACCCCCAAAAGGUUCUAGUGGAGCUGGAGAGGGGUUUGAAGUUACAAAAUUUGGCCAUGGACGAGUUGCACUAAUAGGAUUUCCCAGUGUUGGAAAAUCGACGCUUUUGACAAUGUUAACUGGAACGCACUCAGAAGCUGCAUCGUACGAGUUCACCACACUUACCUGUAUCCCUGGUAUUAUUCAUUAUAAUGAUACUAAAAUCCAGUUGCUUGAUCUUCCUGGAAUCAUAGAAGGCGCAUCUGAGGGCAAGGGGCGUGGUAGGCAGGUCAUUGCCGUUUCCAAAUCAUCAGAUAUAGUGUUGAUGGUUCUCGAUGCUUCAAAAAGUGAAGGACAUCGACAAAUAUUGACGAGAGAGCUUGAAGCUGUGGGCUUGCGACUAAACAAAAGACCACCUCAGAUAUACUUUAGGAAGAAAAAAACUGGGGGAAUUUCUUUCAACAGCACCUUACCAUUAACUCACGUGGAUGAGAAGCUUUGCUAUCAGAUAUUACAUGAAUACAAGAUUCACAAUGCAGAGGUUUUAUUUCGUGAAGAUGCCACAGUGGAUGAUCUUAUUGAUGUAAUCGAGGGAAAUCGUAAAUAUAUGAAGUGUAUCUAUGUCUACAACAAAAUAGAUGUCGUGGGUAUUGAUGAUGUGGACAGAUUAGCAAGACAACCGAAUUCCAUUGUUAUUAGCUGCAACUUAAGGCUGAAUCUGGACCGGCUGCUAGCGAAAAUGUGGGAGGAGAUGGGCCUUGUCAGAAUUUAUACCAAACCUCAGGGCCAGCAACCAGACUUCAGUGACCCUGUGGUCCUCUCUGCAGGUAGAGGUGGCUGCACAGUUGAAGAUUUUUGUAACCACAUUCAUCGGAGCCUGGUAAAGGAUGUGAAGUACGUAUUGGUUUGGGGCACAAGUGCAAGGCAUUACCCACAACACUGUGGCCUUAGUCAUGGUCUGCAGGAUGAGGAUGUAGUACAGAUUGUUAAGAAAAAGGAGAGGGAGGAUGGAGGUAGAGGACGGUUUAAAUCACAUUCAAAUGCUCCUGCUCGAAUAUCUGACAGAGAGAAGAAGGCUCCUUUGAAAACAUAA